AAAUAUAAAUGUGUUCAGCGACUACCAAUUGAGCAGUGUGAUUUUAAUUAACGGACGGCUCCACAAUUAGUUUUACAAGAUGCGGAUUUUAUUUACUGUGCUUUUAUGCCUUACUUUGGCUGCCUGCAUAAAUGCAGAUUAUCAGGACAGUUUUACCAUAGGUGAACGUGAAGAAGGUGAUUACCUCAUUACUAAUAGAACCGUUUUCAAGCCUCCCAUUUUUUGGAAACCCAUGAUAGCAAUGAUCGGCGUAAGUCCCCCUGAAGAUAAAAUUAUCACCCAUGUUCAAAUCACAAAUGUAGGAAACAGACAAACUCAAUUUAUACUGCGAGAACUCAAUGCAACAAAUAUAGUAAUAAUGGUCAUGGGAAAAAUCGGAGAAGGGAUACUUUGUCAUGUGGAGGGCUAUGCAAAAAAUAUUUCAACAACACCUGCUCCAAUUAGCACAUCUGAAGGUAGCGAAGAAAACAAUAGUGAAAACGACAACACACCCAAUGCCGGGGAUGGAAAUACUAACAACUCAGGCGAAGGUGGCGAUGGAGAAAACAACGCAUCUGAUGCCGGAGAUGGAAAUACUAACAAUUCAGGCGAAGGUGGCGAUGGAGGAAACAGCGCACCCGAUGCCGAGAAUGGAGAUAACAACUUAGGCGAAGGUGGCGAUGAAGGAAACAGCGCACCAGAUGCCGGGGAUGGAGAUAACAACUAAGCCGAAGGUGACGGAGGAAAGGUGAUGGAGGAAAGAGUUCACUCAAUGCCGAGAAUGGAAAUAAUAACUCACAAUCAGUAGAACGUGGCGAUGCGCAAUAAAGGAAAUAGCACAUCAGAUGCAUGAAGAUCAAAACAACAACUCAGCCGAAGAUAGGCAAAAUAGUAUAAUUUUACAAUAAAUACAAAACAUGUUUAUAUUGUUUAUCAGAUAAAAGUCAUUUUAGUUACAUAUUGAUAUAAAAUUUAAAAAAAUCAUUAUGUAAAAAAUUCUUAGUUAUCAAAUUUAGACUAUUUUGCUGUGAUUUAUACAUACAUGUCUAGCAUAAAAAUGCUAGACAUGUUUGUCAAAGUUUCGAAAGUGUAUGUUUAAAAUACUUAUAUUAUUGUCGAAAAAUUUAA